AUGAAUUUAGCAAUUUCAUCAAGCUCGGAGGAAGAAUCAUCUUAUAAUGCUAAAGAAUAAGACAGAAUAUUAAAGAAUUCAAAUAUUUUUAAAUAGAAAGCCAACUCUCAUUUGAACUGUCUAAAGCAUCCAAAUAAAAAAGUAUGAAGCUAUUACAAUUGUUAUUUAUAGGCAAAGUACUAUGCCUAAAAUGAUAAGCGAACAUUAUUUUGUUCUAAGUGUGCCUUGAAUUUGGCAUUGAAGGGUCACAAAAUAGAAGAAAGUGCUGGAACAGAAUUAGAAUUCCAAAGGCAAAUGAGAAUAAAUUAAUUUUAGGAAUAGAUGAAAUAAACCUUAUUGGCUUGCAAUUCUAAAAUUAUAGACUUAAAUAGCCUUUAGAUUAGUCAAAAGCAAUUGCUUGAAGAUUAAAAAACAAACUGCAUAAAAUUUUUUGAAUAGGUAAUUGAAACAGCUCAAUAAUUAAAAUAAACUUACAUACAAAAGUUUCAACAUGAUCAUUCAAAUCUAGAAUAGAAUAUACUGGACUGUCAACAAGCUGUGACGAAUUAUGAGAAGCAACUGUAGUAAUUCUAAAUUGACAUAGAAAAAAAUCACACAAACAUAGUUAAAAAGAUGGAAAUGAAGCCAUUUGAUGAUAUAAUGCAGAGAUAUGAGAAGAGAGUCAGAAACAUUUAACAAUUAUUAUCAGAAAUGAAACUAGAAUCUGGAGUAAAAAUCAAUUAGUUUGAUUAAUCUUCAAUUUUAACAUUCAUGAAUAAAAUGUGCUACAAUAUUUUGUUGAAUGAUACAUCAUAAUAAUCAAUUAAAUCUAGAAGUAAUUCAAUCAAUUUUAAUAAUCCUUCAAUUGAUAUGAAAGUAUUUGAUAUCUUAGAAAAUGAUGAUAUCUACCAGAGCACAUUCUCGAACACAAUUAAAGAUAGUAAUAGCUAAAACCCACCAUCUCCAAUAUCAAAAUUGCCGAUCUAUAAAAGUAAUGGAUCUAAUCCAAUUUCUACAAUCCAAAAUUCAAGAAGAGAGAGCAACUCAAAUACCCCAGAAAGUUGGAAUCACACAAAUAUCCACAACUGUGAUCAAUAAUCACAGUUACCAUAAUCGGUCAAUAGUCAUAAUGUAAGUUUGAAUGAGUAGCAAAUUGUGAUCAAUCAAUAAUAGUAACUUAGUGAGAAGUUCAGUGUACAAGAAAUUGUGAAAUUGGCCAAUGAAAAUGCAUAAAAUAUUGAACAACCUAAAAACUUAGAAAUAACUCCUUUGAUCCACUAGAAAAGCUAAUCAAUCUUACCGCAAUCUAUUAAGAUUUAUAAUAGUUAAAGAAGUAAUAUAAUUUGAUAUUUACUUAGAUCAAUAUGAUUCAAACACAAUUAAUAAAUCUCAAGAUUAAAAAUAAAGAAAAAAGCAGCCUUCUAUGGAUUAAAUUGAAUAGAAGCGAUUUUAUAUCUUAAAUCAGAAUCAAUAAAAGCCACAAUUACAAUAGUAAGAGGACACCUUGAAGGAUAAAAUUUUUAAAGAAUUAAGUGGACAUUCCAGUGAAUCUGUUUACAAUUAAGUUUUAAAAAUAAAUACUACAUAAUAAAAAACAAAAAAGGGAAAGGAGAACACUUAGAUUGAUUGGACAGGUAGUUUAAGAAAUAAGCAAAAUUUAUUAGCAAAAAAAUGA